CCAUUCGACCAGCCGUCUGUUGACCUGAUCCUUCGUUCUUCGGGGCAUGUCUACUUCCACGUCCAUCGCGCCAUCCUCACCCAAGCAUCCCCUGUCUUUGCCGACAUGUUUUCCAUCCCUCAACCUUCUACCGCCCCUCAGAGCGAUCACCCUCCUGUCGUCGAUGUAUCUGAGACAGAGGAGACCUUGCGCUGUUUACUCCUUCUCUGCUACCCCUUGAACAAGCCCCACAUGGAGUCCCUGCAAGACGUCGAGCCGGUGCUAAUGGCAGCAAUCAAAUACGACAUGGAGUGGCCUCUCUCCUUCCUGUCGGACCGCCUUCAGUCUGCAAUCGCCGACCAUCCUCUGCGAGUGUGGGCCAUCGCGUGCCGGGCAGGUCUCGCAGGUAUUGCUCAACAGGCUGCAGCAACCAUGAAGGCCCCUCAGGCUAGUACAGAGACCAUGACGGCAAGCAUCAGAACUCAUCUUCAGGCCGAAGGGUUGGGUGUCCUCGAUCGGAUUGGUGCUGGGACCUACUAUCGCCUACGCGAAUAUCUCCGUUCCCCUUCCUCCUCCUGCGUCUUCACGAUUCUACCCGUCCCAUCCACCGUCCCACCCCCUGCCACCGUUAAGAGCCCCUCUUCCACUCCCUCCUCCCUGGACAUCACCCCCAGCUUCAUCACCCCCGACUUGCCAGUCGACAUCACCCUCAAAUGCUCGGAUAAUGUCCGGGUGAAAACGCACAAGCUCAUGCUCGUCGUCCACAUGCCAAAGAAUCCUCACAUUGUGCAGGUCGAGGACGGAGGCACCGUCGAAAUCCACUUCCCUUCGCAGACCGUCGUCGACUUGCUUCGUGUAUGCUACCUGACUGAAGUGGGGCUGCCUUUAACUCUUGACCGCAUCGCUCGCGCUCUGGAAGCCUCUCAAAGUUUGGGCAUGGACGGCGUCGCAGCAGCGCUACACCGUCGAUGGAAGGAGAAGGCGGCCUCGUCCCCCGUGGCGGCUUUCUUUGCCGCCGCGGCCCACGAACUUGACUCCGACUACAUCCACGACACGGCAAGAUCUACUCUGAGAGCUAAGAUCCUCGGCCUGUACGUGAAGCAAAUGGAGGACGUUGCUGCGCUGGUGUAUCAUCAUCUACUGCAAUACCACCAUGACGCCUCUCUGGCGGUCGACGGCGUGCUGGAGAAGAAGCAAGACGCUUUUCGUAGCGACACGUUC